AUGGAGACCUCCAAGUCUACGGAGGAAUCUCAAUCGCGCGAUUUUGACAGCUUUGAUGUAUCCGUUUCUUUCAGAUCUUUAGAUGUACAGCCCAGCUCGGAAGAACUGGAGACCACUUCAGAACCCAUUCCUUCCAGUGACAGUCCUAGGUCUGCCCUAGAGUUUAUAACUGCCCCAGUUGUACUACCUACAAGGGUUCCUGGGCUCACAGAGCUCUCCGAGGCCGCCUGCUUUGCUUCCCAUCAGAUGGGCCAUGGGAGUUUGGGCUAUCAGCCCCUCUAUGUUUCUUACGUUCCUCGGAAUCCCUGUAACACCGCAGACUUCAGCUCAGGCCCUGCAACUGCCUCUUCUUAUCCUGCCCAUAGCUCUGGUCACAGCUCUGAGUCUGACCCUUGCUGUGGUCUUGGCCAGAGCUUUGAGCCUUGCCAGGGCUCUGGGCCUGGGCCUGCCCCUACACCUGUCCCUGCCCCUACACCUCCUGCCUCUGCACCUGGUCCUGCCCACUCUGUGUUCAGAAGCACGGCACCAUGUCUGUUCCCUAUAUGGAAUCCUCCGCCCUGCCACUGGGAGCCACACCAACAGCCCUGGGAAGCUCUGCAAGUCUCAGAACCUGGGGCGCGGGGCCCACAUAAGCCACCAGAGGUUGAAAAGGAACCUGGGUUUCUCUGUAAAACCCUGCCACGUGGCCAAUGUCUCCUCUACAACUGGGAGGAAGAGAGAGCCACCAACCACCUGGAUCAACUGCCAGGAUUCCAAGAUGGCUCUGAGAGUUACUUCUUCCGACACGGACACCAGGGGCUGCUGACUAUGCAACUUCAAUCACCCAUGCCUUCUAGCACCACCCAGAAAGACUCGUACCAGCCCCCAAGAAAAGCCUGCCACCCGCUUCGAGGGAAGCGUGAAGGCAUGUUGGAGCUGCUCCUGCACCACCAAAUCUGUAAAGAGGUGCAGGCAGAACAAGAACCUCCAAGGAAGCUCGUUGAGCCUGAGUCGGUAACACACCAUGACUACAAAGUGGAGCUGGUACUAAGAGGGCCUCCAGCCCCAACGAAGCCUCAUGAUUACCGCCAGGAACAGCCUGAGAGCUUCUGGAUACAGCGAGCGCCACAGCUACCGGGUGUCAGUAACAUCAAGACGCUGGACACGCCAUUCCGGAAGAACUGCGCCUUCUCGACACCGGUGCCCUUGUCUCUGGGGCAGCCUUUGCCCUAUGAACUUGACAGUGGCCCCCAGCAAAUGGGGACAGUGUCUUCCCUUGCCUGUCAGGGAGGAGGGCAAGGGUGUGGAAGAGAGAGAACAGCUCUACUCUAAGAUUCAGGGGGCAAGGGGACAUGGAAAUUGGAGUCUAUUUCUGUUGUUUAUACUACAGAGGUGGAGUUAAUUCUCUGUACUUGGCAAGGGAGUUUUACAUAAAGCACUCCU